AGCGAUUAAGCGCUGUAAACACUGAGAUUUAUUAGCCUUUGGUUUUCUCGCUUGACAUACAAUAACAUUACUUGUUUCUCUGUGAAUAUGUGAGCUUAGAUUAAAAAAAAUAUACCAACAACCAUGCGUUUGUAUAUCAUUGGAUUUUUAGUGUUGUGGUGUUGUUUGGAUGUAUCAGAAGGAUGUAAUGAAGCAUUGUGUGUCAGUAUUGUCAGUAAAUGUAUGUUAAUCAAGUCAUGUGAUUGUGACAUGACAGACAUUAGAAACUGUUCUUGUUGUAAGGACUGUAAUAUGUGCUUGUCAACGUUGUACACAGAAUGCUGCUCAUGUGUUGGAAUGUGUCCAGCACCUGACCCAGAAGAGGGUCUACACCUUACUAGUACUAUAGAAGAAUUGAAAGCUCCAAUACCAGAGCUGUUUGAUGUAUUGACUGAGGAGAAAGAUGAAGAAAUGAGAUGGACGACAUAUACAUAUCCUGCACAUUAUGAUGCACUUUACUUUAAACCUGGUCAUGGAAUGUUAGAUGUCAAUUUUGGUGCUGCAGAAAAGGACCAUAACAGAAAAAGUAUUCUUCAACAAGGCAAAAAAGACGACAAUUGUACUGUAGCCUUUAUGUCUGACUGUCUGUCAUUAAAACGGUGUAAAAUGUCUUGCCAAUCUAUGGGAGCAUCCCGUUACAGAUGGUUCCAUGAACAUGGAUGCUGUCAAUGUAUUGGUUCGGCAUGUAUUAAUUAUGGCCUUAACAAACCAAAAUGUCGCCUUUGUCCAGAUGAGAACGGGGAUGAUAAUGAUGAGGGAGAAGAGGAGGAGGAGGAUGAGGAUGUGAAAGAGGUUGUUAAGGAAGAAAAGAUAAUAGAAGAACUUGUUGACAAAGAAGCAGUAAUUAAACAAUUUGAAAGAAAUCAUGAAGAUAACGAGGAGGAAAUUAUUGAAGAUGAAGUAGACGAAUUUGAUAUUAAGCGUGUAUAAGAUGAAACAUACUAAUUCAAAAUCAAGCGUGUAUAUGAUCUGAAAUAGAUGAUUUUGAUAUCAAGCGUGUAUAAGGUAAAACAGAUGUUUUUGAUAUCAUGCCUUUAAGAUCUGAAAUAGACAUUUUGAUAUCAAAUUAUUCAAGCAUAUAAGAUCUGAAAAAUGUUAAACUAGGUUUCAACAUUCAGUAUUGUCAAAUGAUUAUUAGUGUAUAAUUUAAUAUUAAUCCAAAUCCACUAUUUAAUGAUACACUUUUUUGUUACGUGAUGUUGUAUUCUUGACACAGUAAUUAGUUAAUGUUAAAAUUAACAAGCUGAUACUUGUCAAAUAUUUUCCUGAGAUUGAAGCUGCACAAAGUUGGCAACUUCUAAUAAGAAAUAUCUUGAAAUGUACUUCUUAUAAUUUGCCACAUUUCAUACUGAAUCAGUUGCACUUGUAAAUUUAGUACAGCAUUGAAUUUGAAGUGAAAGGCAGCCAAAAGGUUGUUAGGUAUAUUAAAUUUUGCAGUGAUUCAGAAAUUGUUAAACAAAAACUUCACUUCAUUAAAAAUUAUGUAAGGGAUAAUUUCUACAUAUAUAACCCAGAAGUACAAAAAAAUCAGACAGCUAUGACUAAUUAUUAAAUUCUGAAUUAUUAAUAUGUUUUUGUGUUGAAUAAAUGAAUGUCAGAAAGCAAAAUUUAUAGAAUAAGUUUGAUUUUUUACACUUAAAGGAAAAUGGUUCAUUCAAACUUUGAAAUCAACUGUCCUGAAUAAGUUUGUUUGAUAGGCUGUCUGUUAGUCUGUGUUAAACCCCCUAUUUUUGGAGGUAUACGUACAAUGUAUGUAUCAAAACUAUGGAAGAUUAUGGGAAUGGACAUUUAUUACAUCAAUUUUAGGCUUGUAUUAGACAAAUUAUUAUAUCAGCUCUUACAAACAAAUUUGUAAGGAUGAUUGGGUCAAUUUAUUGUUUUAACAUUAAGUAUAUGGUGAAAAAUCAUAUGUGGGGAGGGGUGUCAGAAGAAGGGUCUUCAAGAUAUGAAGUAGAGUCAGGUGCAGGUGUCUGAAAUUGUCUCUCAGUCUGAAUGUGUUAGUCCACAUUAGUGUAUGAUCAAGUUCUAUUUAUAUAUAAAACAAACUUUUAUCAUUACCUAUUGUGAAUCUGUUUAAGUGUUUAGAAUGAAACAAAAGAAAGUUUUGGUAUAUGUAUGAUUUAUCAAAUAUAUUCUUUUUCAUAUUGUUUAAUAAAGUGAAAGGAGUAAUGGAUACUUAAUUGUAAUUGGUCGUGAAUAUUCAGCAUUGAAAUCGUCAAGUAUAAAGAACAAAUUUUUGUUAUUGUGUGUAUAAUGAACAUUGAUAAAAGGACGGUGUCAUGACAAUAUAUAUCUAUAUCAUUCAUAGUGCAGUUCCUUUGCGUUGUCUGGUUGUGUUUUGUUUACUUUUUUUUUAAUUUAAUCUUUGAAAUGAAAUCAAACAAAUUAAAUUCAACACUAGAUUCUUAUCUGUCUAUCUACAUUUUAUUUUAUAUUGGGUUAUAACUCUCUUUAGAGGUCAUCUCAAUAGUUAAUUAGAUGGCUCCUUGUCUGAAAUAUUCUUGAAGUGGUGGUACCUCAUAAACAAUCUAUGUUGAUUGUGAAUUGUUUCUUUUUGACAUUAUAAAUUAUAUAUGUAUACAUUUUAGUAUAUUGAAAAUGCAUUUGACAGCUAAAUGCCCUUUUUAGGUACUGUAAAAGCAGAUUUUUUUUGUGAAGGAUUUAAUUUCCUUUUUGUGGAAAGAAUAUAUCCACGAAAUUAAAACCCCAAUGAAAAUUGAAUCUACACAUAAUAUCACUUUUUUUUACUAGGAACCACGAAAAUUAAAUCCCAGACAAAACCAUGAAAUUUUAAGACAACGAAAAUUUGUGUUUACAGUACCAAAAAAUUUGAAUACAAAUAUGUUUUGCCAGAAAACAUGAAAAGAGGACUAGUAAAUGAUAAAUACAUGCAGCUGUUAUUAGUGUUAAAAGCAAUGUUUAAACCACAUGAAAUUGAUUUGUUUUCUUUCAUGUAUUUAUAGUUUGAAUGUUUUAAACAAUCAGUGUUUCAGCUGGUUAUUUCUUUUUCAUUCUACAGUUAUUUAUUUUUACUUAAAGUUCAACCUAUUUGUUCUGUGAAAAAUUUGUUAUGUUAUCAAGAAUAAGUUUUUUUAAAGGUUUCCAUGAAAAGUUGUUUGUUAAUAUUUUUUAUAAGUUAACUAUUAUCAUUCAGUUAUAAGUUGUAUAUAUGUUAUAGAUCUGAAGAUGUUUUUUGCACUGCUAUGUUUUCAUUUCACAUUAUUUUAUUUAGUUCUAUGUAAGUCUUAUUUUACAGUUUUCAAUACAUAGCCAAUGUAUUUUGUUUGUUUUGUUUUUUCAUUUGGUUGUGUUACAUUUUUAUUUGGUCUGAUAAUUUCUUAACUUUAUUGAAAUAUUUUAUGAGUAACAUUACCUCUUAAGUGUGUUCUAAAAUCAUCAAAAUCUUCUGAAAAUAUAUCAAAUUCAUCUUUUGAAUGGUGCUUCUGAGUAACUGUAUUUUCUUUAGGAUGGGGAACCAAUGGGGUAUUUUGUCAUUUUGUCUUUAAGAAUCCAUCAUUUUAUGUUAUGUUUUGUAUCCAUAUCUUCACACACUGGACCUAUAUCUUUUUAUAAGAUGCUCUUUUCCAUUGCAUUAUAUCUCAAGCAUUGUCCUUCAAUAGACAUCUGUUUCAGAAGAAAUUUUUUUAGUUUUUUUGGUCAAUUUUUAAGUCCCUGUUUCAUCUUGUAUAUUAUGAUCUAUAUAGCAUGUUGAAUGAUAUAAACAUGCCUCAAGUAACGUCAUUUAUAUUUCUAUUUCUUUUGAUAAUGAAAAUACAAUGUUAUGUAAUUGUGAUGUUUUUACAAAUAUAUGAAUAUUUUUAUGACUUUUGUGGUUAAAUGAACAUUAUUACAUUUAUUUUAUUGUGCCCACCUGCGUUUUAUAUUUAAAACAUACUUUACAUAUGAUUAUUUAAAUGUACUUAACACCUUGGCUAAAAAUUCAUACAUAUCUACAUUUUAAUAUUUGUACUUUUAAAGUCUUCUAAUAAAAGAAAUAGCCAUACACAUGAUAGUGUAAAAUUUGUUAAAAUAUCAAGUAAUGUUAUUCAGCGUUGUUAAAGAUAAAUUGUGCCUUCAUUGAUGUGUAUAUUUAUAUUCAAUUUAAGUAUUUUCCUUAAAACACAUUUUAGACUAUUUUAUCUUAGAGUUUGUUAAAAAUAAUUGUCCGAUGAUUUUUUGGGUCUAACAUGCAGAUGUUGUUGUUGUUAAAGUUUUGGAGGGUUACAAAUAAAGUUUAAAAAAAGGGAUGCAGGGUUUGGGUAGUUCGCUGGCAACAAUCAUGUCAUCUUAACAUACAUGAAUUUAAAUUAAAUUCUUUCACAUUAUUGUUAAGUAUAACAACAAUUGAAAAUAAAAGCCUUCCUACCCUGUACAUUUCAUUCUGGUACAAUUUUACAGAAAUGUGAUGGUGUGAAAAGGGGAGCUAAUUAAUUAGACAUGUGUUUGUUGAUUAUUUUUCCUAAAAAUCUACAUUAAGAAGUUCAGGGAAUGGUUAUUUAACAUUAAUGCAUGAAUGGAUAAAAUGAAAAGCGUCCUUUCACAAUACUGUACAUUUAUCAUUGGAAUUUCCAUUAGUAUAGAGAUGGGUAGCUAAGUUUAGAAAAGAUUCGAGAUAAACAUUUUGAUUCUAGAAAACUUCAUGUUUUGCAAAGGUUCAUUGGCAUACCUGCCAUUGAAAACAUUUUAAACAUUUUUUUUUCAUACAGAAUUAUCUUAGACUGAAAUAUCUCCCAAUACCAUUAUACAUGAAAUUUUGUAUUACUACAACUUCUCUCACCAUUUGUGUUUGUGUUCAAAAUAAAGGGAACAAAAAUCUAAAUAAAAAAAAAAAAGUAGAAAAUGUGACCUAAAAUAAUCUGAUCCAAUUACUGUUAUUAUAUGUACUAUUUGCAUUUAGAGUAUUUACAAAUCAGCUGUAAAUGUUUUGAUAUAAAUGUUUGUUUAUAAUUACAAUAAGAAAUUUUCGAUGUGUAUUUUAAUAAAUUGAUAAAAUGAAAA